AACGCGCUCUGCAUAACAGCCCCCCUUCCCUUCUCUCUCUGUCUCUCUCUCUCUCUCUCUCUCGCUAUGAAAAUAAAAAGAGCCGAACAGCACAGGCGCUACUGAAAUAAAAGAUGGCGCUCUCACUCUCCUCUCUCUCAUUCGCCCCUUCCAAGAAACUGUCCGAGCUGCAGCACUCGCCAUUCCCUCCCCUCAGCAGGUCUUUCCUCACCGGCAGCAACAGGCUCUGGAUUGCUCCUUCCAUCUCUCUUUCCUCCUCCGAUUUCAGUAAAAAGCGUAAGAAGAAAAAGACGAGUUUUUCCAUCUGCGCCUCUGCUGACUACUACUCGACUCUCGGUGUUCCCAAGUCCGCCAGCAGCAAGGAGAUUAAGGCUGCUUACCGGAGGCUCGCUCGUCAGUACCACCCUGAUGUAAACAAGGAACCUGGAGCCACUGAAAAAUUUAAAGAGAUUAGCACUGCAUAUGAGGUGCUGUCAGAUGAUAAAAAGAGGUCUUUGUAUGAUCAAUAUGGUGAAGCUGGAAUCAAGAGUUCAGUGGGUGGUGGUUCAGCUUAUACGACUAAUCCUUUUGACCUAUUUGAGACUUUCUUUGGUGCGAGUAUGGGAGGCUUCUCUGGAAUGGACCAGAGUGGAUUCAGAACACGUCGGCGUAGUACUGUUGUUAAGGGCGAAGAUAUACGUUAUGACAUGACUUUGGAGUUUAAUGAGGCUAUCUUUGGAGCGGAAAAAGAAUUUGAGCUUUCUCAUUUGGAAACAUGCGAUGUUUGCACCGGCACUGGAUCAAAGAUAGGUGCCAAGAUGAGGAUAUGUUCAACCUGUGGUGGAAGAGGCCAAGUUAUGCGAACUGAGCAAACACCUUUUGGUCUAUUUUCUCAGGUGUCCAUUUGUCCAAAUUGUGGGGGAGAAGGUGAAGUUAUAUCCGAGUAUUGUCGGAAAUGUGCUGGUGAAGGUCGUCUACGUGUUAAGAAAGAUAUCAAAGUCAAAAUUCCUCCUGGAGUCAGCAAAGGUAGUACUUUACGAGUCCGUGGGGAGGGUGAUGCAGGACCAAAAGGGGGCCCUCCAGGAGAUCUUUAUGUAUCUCUUGAUAUUGAGAAGAUCCCAGAGAUUCAAAGAGAUGGCAUAAACCUGUCGUCAACGGUUACAAUUAGCUAUAUCGAUGCAAUCUUGGGCGCCAUUGUUAAGGUAAAGACUGUGGAUGGGAUUACUGAACUUCAGAUUCCUCCUGGUACCCAACCUGGUGAUGUGCUUGUUUUAACAAAACGUGGUGUCCCUAAGUUAAACAAGCCAUCAAUACGUGGUGAUCACUUGUUCUCCAUUAAAGUCACUAUUCCAAGUCGUAUCAGUGGAAAGGAGCGUGAAUUGCUUGAAGAACUUGCAUCGCUGAAUGAUGCCACUGGCAGCCGUAAACGGGCUCGGCCUACUACAAAAUCACAGAUUAAAAGCAUGGAAAGCCAGAAAGGUACCGAUACAGAGAACUCUGAGGAGAAAUCCAUUGAAGAGAAUGAUGUGUGGCAGAAGCUAAAAGAUUUUGCUGGGUCAAUUGCUAAUGGAGCUGUAAAAUGGAUGAAAGAUAACCUUUAACCCCAGCAGCCUCUCUUGAUGGUGUUGAUUCUUUAUGUUCCUGUGGAUUGGAACCAACCAUGGAUGCCAUAGUUUAUUAUUAUUUUUUGUAUGUGGCCUCAAUUUCCAUGGUGAUAUUUUAUUGGGAUGGUAGUGAAGAAGCAAGAGGUCUCAUCUCUCCCCGCAAACCAAUUUUAGUGAUUUCUUGUAAAAUUAAUUAUUUAAUUUAAUGAACAAACUCAAUUUCUUCUUUGCAAAGUUUAUGUAAUGAUUCCUUUACAAGGACCGACAGAAACUGAGGAAUAUGGACCAAUAGAAACAGAGGAAUGAUGCUGGCUAGUUUCUUUA